UCUGUGAUUUAGAGGAGGCUGCGAUUCAGUUCCCUCCGCUUUCACUCAUUCAACAAGCUGCACGUUUGCGGAGAGAAAAACAACCCUAACACGGAUCAGAAGAAAUGGAGUUGGGGAAAUUGAACCGAACCUCUGCAACCACACGGUAACGCGAGCGUCGAUGAGAAGAGGACUGAAGAAUGGCUGCUCCCGACCUCCUUGAUCCUAAAACAGCCACUCACAACUCCAAACCACGUCUGUCGUUCUCGGCUCCGCCUGUGCUGCUGAAGUCUCCAGAUGACUUUGAGCCUCGUGUGACUGUAAUGCGCUGGAAAACAGUGUUGAGCGUCUUCCUGCUAGUGGUGCUGUACUUAAUUCUCGGAGCAACUGUGUUUAAAGAGCUGGAGCAGCCUCAUGAGACAUCCCAGAAACUGGCCAUCCUGGUGGAAAAACUGGAAUUCCUUGAGCAGCAUCCAUGCGUCAAUUCAUCAGAACUGGAAAACUUUGUUAAGGUGAAACAGCUGAUAUGCACACAAACCAAAUAUUGGACAAAACGCAUGUUGGGCUACACAUUUUAG